UUGGUGCACGGCCAUGAAAACUCAAUACAGGAAGUCAGGAAAGCAUUAGUAACUAAACUCUCUUGCGUUUUGUGUUACUGCCGCUGUGGAAAAAUGACAUCCAAGAAGAGGGUGGUCCUGAAAGUCGUCAUCCUGGGAGAUUCAGGUGUUGGGAAGACCUCCUUAAUGAACCAGUAUGCCAUCAAGAAAUUUAGUAACCAGUACAAAGCCACAAUAGGAGCAGACUUCCUGACGAAGGAGGUGAUGGUUGAAGACCGGGUUGUUGUAUUGCAGAUCUGGGACACAGCUGGCCAGGAGAGGUUCCGGUCUUUGAAUGCUGCGUUCUAUCGUGGAGCAGACUGCUGUGUGCUGGUUUUUGACUUGACAGCACCCAAUUCCUUCAUAUCACUUAACAACUGGAAGGACGAGUUUCUGAUCCAGGCCUGUCCUCGAAAUCCAGAGAACUUCCCAUUUGUGGUGCUAGGCAACAAGAUUGACUUGGAAAACAGACAGGUGACCACCAAAAGGGCUCAGGCCUGGUGCCAAAGUAAGAACAACAUCCCCUACUUUGAGACCAGUGCAAAAGACGCCACAAAUCUAGAACAGGCAUUCCAGACAAUCGCAUGUAACGCACUCAAACAGGCCUCACAGGGGACAGAUGUGGAGUUGUAUCAUGACUUCCCAGAGCCCAUAGUAUUUGGAGAGAAUGAUGAAUCUAAGUCUUCAGCAAAAAGAUGCAGCUGCUAAGGGAAAACUUGGACUAUCUUCUCUCUUGGCUUUUGGAAACACACUGUCACCUUUGUUACAUCACCUCCACCUCACACCCAGGGAAUGGAAACAGCCUACUGUUCUCCCUCCUCCAUGCCAUUGUUCGUUCCACCAACACUACCCUUCACACAGUGCACUGCACAUGGAAAGGCCCCCUCUAGCUAUAUACACAAAUUAAUACACAUUUCUAGCAUCUCUCUCAGGAAUCUUGGGGUAACCUUUGACUGAUUUUUCACUUUGAAUGCUCGCAUUAAAUCUCUGGUUCAUCUUUGCUUUUAUCACUUUAAAUCGAUUAAGAAACGGAGUCAAAUUCAAUUGUGUCAUGCUCUGAAUUGCACUGAAUAUUAUUAAUGUCUUUACUUCAUUGGGUUUAAGUUAACUCUUCUAAAUAAGUUUAACUCUUCUAAAUACUCACAUAUCACACUGUUGCUAACUCAGCUGAACUGACUCCCGAUGAACUUCCAUGUACAUUUUAAGAUUUUUAUUUUAUUUUAUUUGUUUUGGUUUAUUUUAAUAAUAGACGAGCAUCAGUGUACAUCAGUGAACUUUUGCAUCCAUGUAUCUCCAGCAUAUCCCAGAGGUCUCAUGUGAUCAGGGCUUGCUGGCUCUGCAGCAUACAAAGAUAGAGAUGGAGUACAAAAGACAUCUCUCCCCCCUGAGAUCUGUGGACUUGGUGGAUUAGUUUUUUUAAAACUUAGAUUUUUAAACUUGUUUUGGAAUAAUUUUUUUCUUAUGUUUUAGCAUUUUGUUGUUAAACACUUUGAUAUUUAUCUUAAAAGAUCGUAUGUACAUAAAAUUUUUUGCUUUAUUUUAAACAUGAUCUUUAAUGCUAUUUAGCAUUGUUUUAACAUGGGAGACUCACAGGUUUGACUUGCUUUACAAGACACCACCUAGUGGCUAUUAGAGGAACUGCAAUUUUGGCACUUCUGUGUUAGCUAGAGGUGUCUAGCGUUCAUCCUUCCACAAAAACCACUACUAAAACUACUCCUACUUACUCCUACUCCUAUUUGUGAUAACUCGAAAUAUAAUUUUGCCACACUUUUUCGUAUAUCACUUGUAUCUUGUUAGAACGUGAUGAUCAUGAUCUUAUCAUUAAUGAU